AUGGCUCCAGCGCAAAGCCAUCCGAUACUGGCUCAAUUGCAGGAUGCUAGAAGCUUGACUGAGCGCACCAGUGCUUUACGUGCCCUCAAGAACGAAAUAGUCGGCCAUGUGCAAAGAAAAGAGCAAUGGAUUGGAUUGGGUGUACUUGACCCUAUCGUCACAACAUUAGUCGAUGCUACACCAUCUUCCAAGCCAACUGGCAAGGACUCUCGAUCCCCUCAGACGCAACGACCCCUAUCAGAAGAUGAAGGCAUGCGGCUACAGGCAAUACAAUUGAUAGCCUGCUUUGCGAAUGGAGGUCCUGCUUUUCUUGCGCCUCUCGAUUCCGCGCAGGCGAUUCCUGCCCUCAUGGCCAACAUAUGUCCUUUCACCAACGCACCACAACUCGUUGUAGCGGCGCUUAGGGCGCUGACUGAUAUUGCAAAUGCUUGUAUGUUGGUUGCGCCAUCUUCGAGUCUCAACGUUGAGAUACUUGCCGAUACCGUUCUUUCAACCCAAUACCUCGACGCUUUUGGGGCAAUGCUAUCCAUCACCUCUCCGGACCACAUCCUUCAGUCCCAAGUUACACUUGCGGCAGGCUUGAUAUCUAAGCUUUGUCACCAAGAGCAUCACCAGCAAGCUCUGGCGACUUCUGGAAUUCUAGAUGCAUUAGCAACACGGUUGGCCAGUGUUGCUGUUCUUCGUGGAGAGGUUGUCCCUGGUGCCGAUUCUCUGGCGCGCGACGAUGGUCUCUUCGAGGCUUUUCCCGAACCUGCACCCAGGAAUUUGAAGCUCAGCUCGAUACUCGAAGCCAUCACUGCUAUACUGGGAGAUUCAAAAUACCGAGCAAACAGAUUAGCCCACUCGCCGUCCAUCCUCGCUGUAUUCCCUCCGAUCAAAUUUGAACCUUCCAAGGUCUCAGACAUGGAACAGCCAGGACCUGAUAGCGGUCGUCAGCAACCACUGACUGCCAUGGAGUAUAUGCUUCCUGUCAAUCUGCCCCGUAACCCCUCUGGAUCCCCGUACAGCUCAGCGCCUAGUGCCUCGUCAGACUCGCAAUCAUCUAGUAGAUCAUCUCUGGGCAAGUUUAGCUCAUCAGCUAUGUGGGAGGCUACACGCUACUCGUCAGCGGCACCAAACGAAGGGGGUAAUGGAGAGAUCGAGAGUCCCUUUAUUCCCUGGUUGGUCCGUCUGGUGAGGCGCUCGGAAGAAUACGAACGUCUCCUCGCCGCUUCCGUUCUCGCCGCACUUAUUAAGGGUGGUGUGACGAGUAAGGGUUCUAGAGAAGCAAGCCUGGGGCUCCUUGUGGUUCCUUUACUUGUUGGAUUAAUAUCAAAGGAGGACAAAUGGAUUUCGGCCGUUGACGAGGCCGAUGACCCCACUAAUCGUAUCAUCCUUGAGCGCGCACCAGUGGUCCUAGCUCGCAUGAUUACAGACAGCGAGUAUCUUCAAAAAGCAGCCUUCGACUGCCAGGCUGUCUAUAUUUUAAGUCAACUUCUCAAGCAUGCUUAUACGCCCGUCAAAGAGAGCGAGCAGCCUCAGCAUUGGUCGCCGCAAGCAGACGUUGAAAUGGACGUUGAGAGUAAUUCUCCAGUUGCCCGGCUUGGAAAGGGGGGUCAAAACGAACUCUUGGUUCACCGGCUCAAAUUGCGAGAGAGCACUCUGAAAGCCAUCGCCGCCCUUGCAGGAGGCAAGGAAGACUACAGAAAGGCGUUCGUGACUAGUGAUGUGGUUCCAUACGUUGUUGAGUCACUUUCGGAGUAUCCGAGGAGACCGCAGUCGGCGAAGGAGCGAACUUCAGAGAAAGCAGGUACUGAUUCUACCAGGAACGAGGAAACACCAGGAUAUGGCGCCAAUCCUGCCUCUGUAAUUGCCGCCGGAUGUCAUGUUGCUAGGAUGCUUUCUCGUUCGGUGAGCAUCCUACGAACAUCCUUGGUCGAUCAUGGAGUUGCCAUCCCCAUCUUACAUCUCAUGAAACACUCGGAUGUUGGCGUCCAAAUGGCGGCUACUUCUGCUAUAUGUAACUUGGUUCUGGAAGUCAGCCCAGUGCGCGAGCUUCUUGAGGAAAAUGGUGUUGUACCUAUUCUUUGCGACCAUGCCCAUUCAGAAAACCCGACUCUUCGUCUCAAUGGGUUAUGGGCGCUCAAGCAUUUUUUGGAUGCUGUUGAUCCCAACUUGAAGAAGGCGUGUCUGGCAAGGCUUGGUUCUCAGUGGCUUUUGCGGCUCAUUCGCGACGAUACAGAAGACAUGGCUCUACAUGAAGCGCGAGACGACGUGGAUAUGCAAGCGGUGGACGAGCGACAUAGGUGGAUAUACGGCUCCAAUGGGGUGCUCCAAGAACUUAAUGCGGCCAACUCUUCAAGGCUUCGCCAGGUGGAGGACAAGCUCGCAGCGGUGCGAGAGUCCGAGUUAAAUCCAGUCAAGAAAGCACGAAAUGAUGAUUUGGCAAUUCAGGAACAGGGUCUGGACAUGAUCAGAAACCUGAUUGGAAGACCAAGGAGUGGCCUGUCACCAGAGCCGUCAAACGAAACCUCGGAGAUGAUCGAUUAUCUGCUGCACGAAUUCGAUUCUGCCGAAUUUUUCAAUAUCCUCACGUCAAAACUACGGGCUAAGGUGUACCGGCCCUUCAACAACCAUCGAUCUUCGCUGUCGGGGGGUCGAGAUACCAAAGUGUUCCACCCACAGGCCAAGCUUGUGGUUGCUGUGUUAUACAUCCUAUCACACAUCGCGGCGAGCAUUCCACGCCAUCAACAAAUGAUCAUCGCACAGACGGAUCUGAUGAAAUUACUAGCGCAGCAAGCUAACAGCAAAGAUCGCGAAGUCCGGGUUGCUCUGUGUCACGUGAUUAUCAAUCUUACGUAUAAGGACGACGAUAGUGAGGCUCAGGCCUGUGGUCUGCGAGCGCUGGAGCUACGGAAGCUCGGCUUCUCUACGAAAAUGGAGGCUCUUACUAAGGGCGAAGAUUUGGAUGUACGAGAACGUGCCAAAACGGCAGUUUACCAGAUGGAACAAGCCAGUCACUAG